AUAGCUUUUUCCAGUAUUAUAAUUUGUAUUCGACAAACUUUAGAUCAUGCCAAAAGUAUUGAAUUUAAGGAAGAUUUGGAAGAAAAAAGGAGCCAAUUUAGCACAUCCAAGGUCAAGAAAGGCUAAGCAAAUACAGAAAUCUAUUAAUAGAGAAGAUCGGAUUAAAAAAGAAAGAAAAAUCCGUGAAAAAAGACGAGAUAUACAAAUUAGCCGUUGUAUCUAUUUUAAAUCAAUUGUUGAAUUAGAAAAUAUUACGAAAUUAAGUUUAAAGGAAUUAAAUAAGCUAAUUGAAAGAUAUAUUCACCGAAAUGAUUCAAAAAUACAGGAAUCAUCAUGUUCAGAUCUUCAUCCACAUCAUUCUUCUAAAAAAGAGUCAUUUAAACGGGUAUUUUAUGAUGAACAAAAUGAAUAUAAAAAUGGAUUUAAUGUACCUGAUAUAACCGACGAGGAAAAUGUAUUGGCAUUAAAAAAAUGGACGGGAAAUUAUAAUGAUCUUCAUACUUUAAAGUUUAUUCGUGUUAAAAAAGAAGAUUCAUAACAAAAAAUAACAAAUAGCAAUAUAAGAUACACAAACAGGUUUUGG